AUUAGUUCCAGCUGCACGUGCCAGUGUUUGUGUUUACGGAUGGAAAAAGGUGCUGUUUUAACUACUCUUUACAAUGGCUGGAUAUAUUUUGUCUUCUAAUGCAACAGACCACAUCAUCUUCAAUGCUUUAGGGAUUCUAGUCUCCUCGUAUGCUCUGUAUAUUGAGAUUAGAAAACAUAAAGAUAAGAAUUAUAAGGCAUUUUGUGAUCUAGGGGAAACCAUGAGCUGCUCUAGAGUUUUAACGUCAGAGUACAGCAAAGGGUUUGGGAUUGUAAGAUAUCUUGUGGGUGAAAAUCAUUUCCUGAAUGUGCCCAACUGUAUUCUUGGCAUAUUGUUUUAUGCUAUACAGAUAGUGUUGUUCUGUUUGAGUGACCAUGCAAUUGUGACAUCAUUCCUUUUCUACACGUCAGCCAUAGCCAUCAUAGGCUCUGUGUAUUUGGCUUAUGUUCUUUUCCUUGUCCUACAUGACCUUUGUCUUGUGUGUAUUGCUACAUACAUAAUCAAUGGUCUUGUGUUCUACAUCAAUUACCAAAGGUUUGAGCAGUUGUCCUAAGAAUUUUGACAGUCAUGUUCCCAGUGGUUCUCCAAAAGAGCACUCACACAAGCAGAAGAAAGGUUUCAAGCUUAUGAUGUAACAGUAAUAAGACAGUUGGCAGUCCAGCAGUAGCUCACUGUUGCACUUUGUUUAAUAUAAUAUGCCCAUACUGCUUGGCAAUGUAUUGUGUAUGAAAUAAUUAAAAGGUAUACUUUAUGCCUUUGAAAAUGUUCCAGAGUAAUAUUUUUUAUAAAUAAAUACCCUGCAAAGUUGCCUAUCUUUCCCAAUUUGGACCUUAUAAGUGAUAAAAACCCUUAAAUAAAAUUACCUGAUGGCAGUUAUAAUAAAUCAGGAUCCAUUUUAAACUAAGUUAUUUUUGAAAUUUUUUUUGGGUUAAAGUUAAAAUUGGCACAAAACACCAAAUAAGCUAUGUUUGGUGAGUAGGAGAAAAUAGCAUUUUUCUCGAUGAAAAUUAGAACCAAAAUCCCAUAUAUAAAACUAGGUAUUCACCCUGAGUUUUAUUGUUGAAUAAUCAAUAGACACUAACCCUGAUUUUUCUAUCAUCAGCAUGUCUCUGCCAUUUUAGUUACAAAUUAUAGUGGUAAGUUUCCAAUAAACUCAGGGUGUUUUAACUGCUGAAUUAAUUUCAUGUUUGUAUGAGCACUUAGUGCUACAUGUAUCCUGGUACUGCCUCAGCUAUUAAUCAGUAAGAGCUUUGAAAAUUGCCUGAUAUUAUUGCCUCUUAUUGCACAUUAUUAUUAUUCAAAUAAUGUAAUUUGCAUAAAUGGAAAUCACUGCACAGCCUUACUAGUUCUUACCAAUAAGCUCUUGUCCUUUAUUUUUGGUAAUUUAAUGUUGCUUGUUUUAAUUUUAAAUUUAUUUUUUCCUCUUGAUAUGUUAUAACUUUGUAUCAUUAUUAUGUUUCUAAAAGUGGGAUGAAGUAAAACGUAAUGAAAGAACACAAUGUUUGAAGUAAGUCCUGUGUGGAGGUCGAAGUAUUUAGUUGUACUUGUGAGAAUCGCAUUUUUUGCAAUAUUUACCUCACUUUGCCAAAAAUGGAACAUUAUCCUACCGUAAAUGCUUUUUGCCAUAUUAUUUCCUAAAUUUAGAUAAGCGUUUAUAGUAGAUAACAUGUGACCAACAAUAGUUGUGAAAGAUGGUAUGAAAUAUUGUCUAAAAUUUGAUCCAUGCAAUAUCAGGAACAUUUACCUUGUAGAAGUAAAUGCCAAAGGUAUUUCAAUGUAUGGUGCUUUAAAUGUAAACAAAGGGUAUAUUAGGCCCCAGUUGUACUAUAUUUUCAUAUUUGUUUGCUAAGGAUAUUUUUUAUCAUCUGCUAUGUGCACAGCACUGAAUCUCAAAGUAGCGUUUUGGCUUUCUAUGUUAUAAACACUUUGAUGUACACACCUAGCCAUGUUGCUGAUAAGUCAAAUAAAAUG